GUGAAGGAAUGGAUACUGUCGCCAUUCAGCUGUGGGCAACCCUCUCUCUGUUGGUGCACCUUGCAGCUUGCAGUCCCAUCAUGAGCCUGGAGCAGUCUUCCCUGGAGGAAGAUGUGCCCCUCUUUGACGAGCUCCUUUCGGAGCAGGACGGAGUUGAUUUCAGCACGCUGCUUCAGAACAUGAAAAACGAGUUCUUGAAGACAUUGAACCUCUCUGAUAUUCCCCUGCAUGAAACAGCUAAGGUGGAGCCCCCAGAAUACAUGUUAGAGCUAUACAACAGGUUUGCCACUGAUAGGACCUCAAUGCCAUCCGCAAAUAUUGUUAGAAGCUUCAAAAAUGAAGAUCUGACUUCCCACCCUAUUGGUGUCACAGGAAUCCGGAAAUACCCUCUUCUCUUCAACGUCUCCAUCCCUCACCAUGAAGAGAUCACCAUGGCAGAGCUGAGACUCUACACACUGGUGGAGCGGGACAGAAUACUCUAUGAUGGGCUGGAUAGGAAAGUCACCAUUUUUGAAGUACUGGAGAACAACAAUGCCGGGAGAGAAGGAGAGGAGAGAAAAAUGGUAGCACUUGUAUCCAGGCAGAUCUACGGCACCAACAGCGAGUGGGAGGCCUUUGAUAUCACAGAUGCCAUGAGGCGCUGGCGUAGGUUAGAGCUGGCCACUCACAGGCUAGAGGUGCAGAUAGAGAGCGGAGAAGGGGAGGAGCCAAACGGAGAGGGGAAACUCGAUAUUGACAUCAAUUCCGAGGCCAAGCAUGUGCCUCUGUUGAUUGUGUUCUCAGAUGACCUGAGCAAUGACAAAAAAGAGGAGAAGCAGGAACUGGAUGAAAUGAUAGACCAUGAGCAGCUGCUGGAUUUGGAGAAGCUGGGCAUGGGCAACUUCCACAACGGGCCCGGUGAAGAGGCGCUGCUCCAGAUGCGAUCCAACAUCAUUUAUGACUCCACAGCCCGUAUCCGGAGGAAUGCCAAGGGCAACUACUGCAAAAGGACUCCACUCUAUAUCGACUUCAAGGAGAUUGGCUGGGAUUCCUGGAUCAUCGCCCCAACGGGAUACGAAGCCUACGAGUGCCGCGGAGUGUGCUCCUACCCUUUAACUGAACACGUCACGCCAACUAAACACGCCAUUGUCCAGACUUUGGUUCACCUGAAGAAUCCUCAGAAAGCUUCCAAAGCCUGCUGUGUACCUACCAAGCUUGAUCCCAUCUCCAUCCUCUACUUAGACGCAGGGGUGGUUACUUACAAGUUCAAAUAUGAGGGGAUGGCAGUUGCAGAGUGUGGCUGCCGAUAGUAGAAAGGAAUGCAUGCCCCGUGCGUGCACCAGGGGAGUAUUUAAUAAUUCAGUCUGUAAAUUUGUACAUUUUGCAUUUCCUAUUUAAUAAGGUUAUUUAAUGAGGCGUGUACAGAUAAUUGUAUGUUUCAUGUCAUAGGGAACAGGCAGGUCAUAUGAUUGUAUGGAAUGUAUAUUUUGUUCCAGCGCUUGCUUCUUCUUGCUGUUUUGCUUCUUGUGAGAGAGGCUUCCUUCAGAAACAAAACAAAAAAGGAAAACCAAAUCACUGGGUUGUUGGGGUUCUUUGCCCCAGAAUAGACAGCCUUAAUGCCAUGGAGUAACAUUCAUGGAUUUUAUUUCUUUAAAAAAAAUGUGUUGUGGUCACAAGGACAUUGUUUGAAAUGCAUCCCCACUGCAGGGAUUAAAACAUGAACUGAAUGAACAUAAUAAAGUGAUAUGUUACAUGCUUUAUAUUAUGGCAUAUUCCGAUAGGUGCAUUCCCAUCCCUCCCUUCCCCUCACGAGCCCAAGUUAGCAUUUUAUUCUCAGGGAUGUUCCUGGGUAUUUAUGCUAUAACUUUUCAUUGCAUUUCAGUAGAAAAUAAUUCCUUGCUGAUGUGUUUGGAGUCAGUGAAAACAGUUUUGCAGUGCUUGUGUUCACAUUAAAAUUUGCAGUCAGUGAAACUGUGAACCUGAUGUAACAUCCACACAGUGUUUGGAUUGAAUAAUUGGCUAAGAUCAAGAGAUAAAGUCUUUGUCAAAUAAUCAAGUAAAACAUUUGGCAAAAUCAGCCCCCAUUAAGCGUCAUAGAAUCUCAGGGUUGAAAGGGACCUCAGGAGGUCAUCUAGUCCAAUCCCCUGCUCAAAGCAGGACCAGUCUCUAGUUUUUGCCCCAGAUCCCUGAAU